AAGUGAGGCCAGGGUGCUUAUCGCUUUCCAAAGCAUAAAGACCGUAAUCAAGGAGUACUAUGGUCGAUGAUUCUGCGGUUACCUUUAGGGAUCGAACAAAUGAGUUCUCUUCUACAGUAAAGCUAUUUACACAGAGAAAAAGUAAAGGCCCUCUGAAACCAUGCAAUACUUCUGGGGGAGUAACAAAUCCAGAAAAUAAUAUUCAAGAUAUACACUCCGCAGACAAAAAAGAGCUGAGUUUUCAAAAUUUUGCCCAGUUAUUAAGGGACGAUAUAGAAAAUACUACUUCUAAACUGGAGAAGUUAAAACUACUUACCUCGAAACUAACUUUAUUUAACGAUAAACCAUUGGAAAUUCAGGAAUUGACUGUUAUUAUCAAUCAGGAUCUCACUUCACUUACACAACAGAUAUUGCGACUGCAGCAAUCUCGUAAUGCAAGUAUCCACAGCACGCCGAACAAACAGGAAGGUGAGCACCAGGUAAAUAUAAUUGCAUUCCUUAAGGAUCAGGUCAGCAGCCUUUCGGUCGAUUUUAAAAAAACUUUAGAAUCUCGAACGGAGGUCCUUAGAAGACAACAAGAAAGGCGUACUCAGUUCUCGCCACCCGCGUCAAGUUUGUCCUCCAAGUUACGCCACCGAGGUCAGUUUGGAGAUCAACGCUUUAUCUACUUGGAUGCGCCUUACUCUCACGAGGACUCCCCUAGCGCCAUCGACAUGGGACUCGCAGACGCUCAGCUAUUGGCUUCCCCAAAAAAAAGCUACUUGGACAGUCGUGCGAGCGCCGUAGAGGAAAUUUCUAAGACACUCCACCAACUUACAGGCGUGUUUCAGCAGCUCGGCGAAAUUCUCAACCAGCAAAUGCCUGAUCUCGAAAGAAUUGAUCACAAUCUUGGCUACGCAGAAGAAAAUGUUAGCUUGGCUCAUACGGAACUAUUGCGUUAUUUUAGUAGUAUAUCUAGCAAUCGGUGGCUAAUGAUUAAGAUAUUUUCCAUAUUGAUUGUAUUCUUUCUGAUUUUUACACUUUUUUUUGCUUGAACCUCAUUUGUGGCUCUUGAAAUUUCUUUUAAGUACUUUGGAAGAUUUUACUCGUAGAUGGCUUUCUUCAGCGCUUCCUGAGCUCUUGACUUUUUAUACUAACAACUUUAUUCUGUAUUC